ACACCCAGGCAGGAAGAGAGGAAGGGGCGCGGCGUCCAUGUUGGUACACCCGCCGGUGCAGGAGCAGUAGAGUGAGAGCGAGUAGUACAUGGAACUGCUGUGUGUAUUAUACAGCCGGUAUACAGGGAGCGAGGGCUGCUCUGUUGUCUGCUAAUCCCCGUGUUUUCUCUGGUUACAGGCGCCUGUGAGGGACACAAUGGCUGUGACGCUUCACACGGAUUUGGGCGACAUUAAAGUGGAGGUAUUCUGCGAGAGAGCCCCGAAGGCCAGUGAGAACUUUCUGGCUCUGUGCGCCAGCAACUACUACAGCGGCUGUCUCUUCCACCGCAACAUCAAAGGCUUCAUGGUCCAGACAGGGGACCCCACAGGUACAGGGAAGGGCGGGCAGAGCAUCUGGGGCCGUAAGUUUGAAGAUGAGUAUAGCGAGUACCUGAAGCACAGUGUACGUGGCGUCAUCUCCAUGGCCAACAGCGGCCCCAACACCAACAGCUCUCAGUUCUUCAUCACGUACGGGAAGCAGCCUCACCUGGACAUGAAGUACACCAUAUUCGCAAAAGUGAUCGAUGGUCUGGACACCUUGGAUGAGCUGGAGAAGCUACCGGUACAUGAGAAAUCUUUUCGCCCCCUGACCGAAGUGCGAAUAAAGGACAUCACUAUUCACGCCAACCCCUUCGCCCUCUGACCUCUGCCGACUGGUGAAGCCCUGGUGCUACAGUCUGUACUGUACACCAUCACAGCCUGACACCUCUCAUCCAGAUCAGAUGCUACGCUGUGUGCGGGGACUGUCCUGUUCUGUAUUUUGUAUAUAUGAAACAUUGUUUUGUUUGCAAUAAACUUUUUUAUUGAACUUUCA